CGCAGGACGUCCCUGUGUCAGGGGUGAAUACAGUUCUCUCUCCUCCACUCUCUCUUUCCACGGGCUGCAACUCCACCGACUGGCUGCAGUUGCAAUUAAGGAACCACGCCUGUUGCUCUCCAAUUCCCCUGAUUUGCACUACUUAUAAACUACCCUUCCCUUGGAGCAAAAGAGCAGUCUCAAGAGCUGCUCUUUUAGAAUACUUGACAUUCAUUGGAGGAUUUCUUUUAUUUUUUUGGUCUUUAUUAUUUUAUUAUCGCGAGAGCGCAUAUUUAGGACCCUCCAGGGCUGAUCCAGACCGCUGCUUUUCGUGCUGGGAGGUAAUAUUCCAGUCGGUCACCGGGAGCACGCACUACAGCAAUGGAGUACCUCACGUUUAGUUUAUUGUUGUUAUGUUGCCUGAAGUUUGCAAACUCCAUCUCCUCUACCGAAACACCUCAAGCUCCUGCGCCCAUUCCUAAAGAAAAAUUGCUCGUUCUAACUGUUGCAACAGAGGAAACAGAUGGCUUCCACCGCUUUAUGCAGUCUGCACGCUAUUUCAACUACACUGUGAAGGUGUUGGGAAUGGGAGAAGCAUGGAAGGGUGGAGAUGUUGGUCGUUCUAUCGGUGGAGGGCAAAAAGUCAGACUACUGAAAGAGGCCAUGGAGGCGUUGGCGGACCAGGAAGAUCUUGUUGUCCUUUCUGUGGACAGCUAUGAUCUUAUCUUUGCUGGGGGGCCAGAGGAGAUUCUCAGGAAGUUCCAGCAAGCCAAUCACAAAGUGCUUUUUGCUGCAGAGGGACUGAUAUGGCCGGACAAGCGGCUAGCUGACAAGUACCCCUCAAUCCGCAGUGGCAAACGCUACCUCAACUCUGGAGGUAUAAUCGGCUACGCCCCAUACAUAAACAGAGUUGUUUCACAAUGGAACCUCCAUGACAAUGAUGAUGACCAGCUCUUCUACACUAAAAUAUACUUGGAUCCUUUACAGCGAGAAACUCUCAACAUGACUUUGGACCACAAGUGCCAGAUUUUCCAGAACCUGAAUGGAGCCGUCGAUGAAGUGCUCCUCAAGUUUGGAACAGACCGCGUAAGAGUUAGAAACACAGUGUACGACUCUCUGCCAGUGGUUGUCCAUGGCAACGGAAACACCAAAAUGUACUUGAACUACUUGGCCAACUAUGUCCCCAAUACAUGGAACUAUGAACAUGGGUGUAGCCACUGUGAUGAUGAUGUUGUGGACUUGUCUCAGUUAAAAGAGUAUCCAAAUGUGUUGGUUGGCGUAUUCAUUGAGCAGCCCACUCCAUUUCUUCCUGAAUUCUUCCAGCGGCUGCUGACCUUGGAUUAUCCAAAGGAUAAACUCAAAGUUUUUGUCCACAACAAUGAGGUUUACCACGAGAAGCACAUCCAGAAGUUCUGGGAAGAGAACAGGAAUGUGUUCAACAGUUUCAAGGUUGUGGGACCAGAAGAAAAUUUGAGCCAAGGAGAGGCCAGGAACAUGGGCAUGGAUCUUUGCCGUAAGGAUACCACAUGUGCCUACUACUUCAGCAUUGAUUCAGAUGUGAUGCUCACCAACAGACAGACACUGAAGCUCCUCAUUGAGCAGAACAGGAAAAUAAUUGGUCCCCUUGUCACUCGUCAUAGCAAGCUGUGGUCCAACUUCUGGGGAGCCUUGAGCCUGGAUGGUUAUUAUGCUCGCUCUGAAGAUUAUGUCGACAUUGUGCAGAAAAAACGUGUGGGCGUGUGGAACAUUCCUUACAUGGCACAUGUAUACAUGGUCAAGGGCAGUACUUUGAGGAAUGAACUGAAAGAGAGGAACUACUUUGUUCUGGAGAAACUAGACCCAGAUAUGUCUUUGUGUAGAAAUGCCAGAGAAAUGACCAGUCACAGAGAAAAAGACUCCCCUUCUCCGGAAUCAUUCCAUAUGCUCAGGCCCCCAAAGGGAGUCUUCAUGUACAUAACAAACCGGCACGACUUUGGGAGGCUCAUUUCCACAGCCAAUUAUAACAUUUCCCAUUAUAACAAUGACUUGUGGCAGAUAUUUGAAAACCCUGUGGACUGGAAGGAGAAAUACAUCCACAAAAACUACUCUAAAAUUUUCACUGAGAACUACAUGGAGGAGCCUUGUCCAGAUGUGUUCUGGUUCCCAGUAUUCUCAGAGAAGGCCUGUGAUGAAAUAGUUGGAGAGAUGGAGCACUACGGUACCUGGUCUGGAGGCAGACAUGAGGACAAGCGGAUCGCCGGAGGCUAUGAGACGGUGCCGACGGAUGACAUUCAUAUGAAGCAAAUCGGCUUUGACAAAGAGUGGCUACACUUUAUCCGAGAGUUCAUAUCGCCCGUCACGCUAAAAGUUUUCUCUGGCUACUACACUAAGGGUUACGCUUUAAUGAAUUUUGUGGUAAAAUACACUCCUGAGAGGCAGGCGUACUUGAGGCCCCAUCACGACUCCUCCACCUUCACCAUCAACAUCGCUCUCAAUAACAAAGACACAGACUUUCAAGGUGGGGGUUGCCGUUUCCAUCGGUAUAACUGUUCCAUAAAUUCACCACGGAAAGGCUGGAGCUUCAUGCACCCAGGAAGACUGACCCACCUCCAUGAAGGCCUGCCCACCACCAACGGCACCCGCUACAUUGCAGUGUCCUUCAUCGACCCUUGAACUCUCAGAUCAUACUGUAAAUUUUGCUUUGCUUUUUUCCUGUCAUGUUUGUUUUGUUCUGUCAUCCGACGUGUUGUGCCCCAGAUGUUUUGCCGAUGCAAUUCUAUUUCAAAGCAAUUGCUUUUAAAAGGAUUGAUAAUUGCAUUAAAGGAAUCUCUGUCAAACAGAGUGUAGAAUGGAAAGGGAUGUGGCAAAAGUAAUUCACACUUUAGAUACACAAAAGAAAAAUACGCUGUCACUUUUACAGUUAUUUUUUACCAUUUAGUUUUACAUUCAAAACCAAUAUUCUAUCAGAAAUGAUUGGUACUGUAGUUUACUGUAGAUUUUUACAAUACUGAUUCAUCAUUGUCAUGGUAACCAUCAUUAAUACCCACUGGCAGCUUUGCGAGCACGCAGAUGGCUGUUGUGUUUGUAUUUCAGGUCAAAUGUCACUGAAAGCAUUUAUACUGUAAAAACUUGUCAUUGCUCAAAAUGACUACUGGUGCUUAACAAACAAUGUUUCUGCAUUAGAGAUUUAAGUCAAUAUUUGGUGGAGGACAAGUGGAGUGGAGUUUUCCAACCCUGAUUUCAAUUAAAUUAAAGUUUUAUAUAUGCGCAGUGAAAAAAUAAAUCUAUUGUUGGAAUUUUGCACACCAGAAAAACAAGAGCGCAGAAUUCAAUAUGAACUCUGUUUGAAUGAAGUUCAAUAUUCUGUUUUACUUGAAAGGUUUUUCUUUCUUCUUUAUUGGAACAUUCAUUUGCUCUCCUGAAAACAUCUCUGCAAUAUUUUUCUGAGAUGUGUGUGAAUGGAUUUAUGAAACAAAAAGAUUAAAGUUGUUUAACUUAUUGUCAAAAUUGAAUAAAAGUCUUUAUA